UUUAUAUGUAAUGAGUGUUCUGUUGGUUCUGACGUGCUCUUCAUUCAUUUUUGUUUACAUAUACAUUUACAGUUCCGGUUUGAAUGUUAUAUUGUGUUAACACAGACAUCAUCAGUGUGAUUUUUUAUAUUAAUGGUAUUUUAUCUACAAAGCCCUGUAGAGGCAGACCUGUUAACUUUAAUCAAUGUUUUCGAGUACAAUAAUAGUAACUUAUCAUUUUUAUCACAUUGAUUUAUCAUUCCACUACAGGAAUAAUUAACUAGUGAAACUAGCAUUCUUCCUACACUAUGAUAAGUGCUAUUGUUUAACGUGAUAGUGUUUACAUCAUUUAUAUUAAAAGUGCGUUACAUAAUAUUAAAAGGAAGUUAAUUAAUUUAGUGCUUUCAUGGGAAAACUGGAUUCAAUUUUGGACAUAAAUUAGAAGAUGUGUAAUCCGGCGCUUUGGUGCGUACUUAUUCUGGCUUCAGUGUAUGAAACAAAUGCCUAUAAGCUUCUCGUUGUCAGCCCACUCCCGGGCAAAAGCCAUGCAAUCCUGGGAGAGGGGAUGGCUGAAAGUUUAGCGAAUGCUGGACAUGAUGUAACUUACAUGACAGUUUACUUGCCGGACAAACCAAUACCACGGGUAACGAUUGUCGAUCUUAGCGAAAAUCUGAAAUAUUUUCCUACAGAUGGAGCUCUAAAUAUAGCAAAUGUUUUGGACAACACAUCAAGCGGUAGUAAUUUCUUCGCUUUCGUGCCAAUUCUGAUGAACAUGAGCCGAAAUACACUAAAUCAUCCAAACGUGCAAAAGCUAAUGAGUGACAAAAGUCAACAGUUCGAUGCUGUGCUUGCGGAAUGGAUGUUCAAUGAGGUGUAUGCUGGAUUUGCAGGCGUUUUCAACUGUCCAUUAAUAUGGUUAUCUACAGUAGAUCCACAUUGGAUGGUAUUACAAUUAGUGGACGAGAUGCCCAACCCAGCGUACACAGUGGACAUCUUAUCUGACAGCAUUGCUCCCUUGACGUUUAAACAACGUGCAAUUCAGCUGGGCUUACAAAUUAUGGGCAAGCUUCUUAAAAUACUCUGGGUAUCUGGCCUUGAACACGAACUGUAUGACGAAUAUUUUGUUCCGGCUAUUCGUCACAGAUACAGUUCUGUCCCGUCUUUUGAGACGCUAAGGUAUAAUGCUUCUUUGAUUCUAAGCAACUCUCACGUGUCGACGGGUAGUCCUAUACGAUUGCCACCUAACGUGAUUCCUAUAGGAGGAUUUCAUAUCAAGCAUGAUGUAAAACCUUUGCCUGAGAAUCUGCAGAAACUUAUGGAUAAAUCGCAGCAUGGAGUUGUUUACUUUAGUAUGGGUUCGAAUUUACGAAGCAAACAUUUCCCUGAUGUAAUCAAACAAGAUUUGUUAAAAAUGUUUAGUAAAUUCAAGCAGACAGUAAUAUGGAAAUUUGAAGAAGACUUGCCUAAUACGCCUAGCAAUGUCCAUAUUGUGCAAUGGGCACCACAACAAAGUAUUCUGGCACAUAAGAACUGUAUCGUAUUCAUCACACAUGGAGGUCUACUCUCGACCACGGAGUCGAUGCAUUUUGGAGUACCAACUAUUGGAAUACCAGUUUUCGGCGAUCAAUAUGUAAACGUACAGAGAGCUGUUAAAAAGGGCUACGCUCAAAAAGUAGAUUUAUCUUAUUCGAUGGCUGCAGAUUUGGAAAAAGCUAUUCAAAAUUUACUUGAUAAUCCAAAAUACGCAACGAGAGUCAAGGAAUUGUCACAGAUAUACCACGACAGACCCGUGCUACCUGCUAAAUCACUAGUUCACUGGGUUGAACACGUUGUGAAGACUAGAGGAGCACUACAUCUACGCUCUCCAGCAUUUUUGGUACCCUGGUACCAGAAGCUCUACUUGGAUCUUAUUUUAGUUGUACUAGUCAUUAUUUUAGCUUUAAAAUAUGCUUUUAGAUACAUUAUGAAUCGCUUAUUUACAAAAAGAAAGGAAAAAGCUAAUUAGGUAUUUUAAUUCAAAAAGUUAGAUAAGUACAUAUUUGAUUAUAAGCUAUAUAACUAGAGUGAUACAUAAUAUAGUAUAAUGUAUAACAUAAUUAGAGUAAGAAUAAAAUUUUGUAAUAGUCUAUGAAUAUGUGAAAACGAAUAAACAAAGACAAAUGACAUACUUA